AUGCUCAACAAACAACAGUCAGAAGAUGACGUGCGCAGGUUAUUCGAAGCCUUCGGCAACAUUGAGGAAUGCACGAUCCUUCGAGGGCCAGAUGGCAACAGCAAAGGGUGUGCUUUUGUGAAAUAUUCCUCGCAUGCAGAAGCCCAGGCGGCCAUUAACGCGUUACACGGGAGCCAGACAAUGCCGGGAGCAUCGUCCAGCCUGGUGGUCAAGUUUGCCGACACGGACAAGGAGCGCACCAUGCGCCGAAUGCAGCAAAUGGCGGGUCAGAUGGGCAUGUUCAACCCCAUGGCCAUACAGUUUGGAGCAUACGGCGCGUACGCACAGGCACUGAUGCAGCAACAGGCCGCCAUCAUGGCCUCCGUGGCGCAAGGCGGCUACCUAAACCCCAUGGCGGCCUUCGCAGCAGCCCAGAUGCAGCAGAUGGCUGCCCUCAACAUGAACGGGCUGGCGGCCACCCCCAUGACCCCCACCUCAGGUGGCAGCACGCCUCCAGGCAUCACUGCACCAGCCGUGCCUAGCAUCCCCUCCCCCAUCGGGGUGAAUGGUUUCACUGGUCUCCCGCCGCAACCGAAUGGGCAACCUGCAGCAGAAGCCGUCUUUGCCAAUGGCAUCCAUCCUUACCCAGCACAAAGCCCAACCACGGCUGACCCUUUGCAACAAGCAUACGCUGGAGUACAGCAAUACGCAGGUCGUUAG